AUGGGUCUUGCGGCCAGUUACAGAAAGGACUUGCUCAUGCUCAACCUCUUCGUGCACGUAUACAUAUCUCAACACAAACACUACAACAGCCUAAGCCUGCAGCAGGCAGGAAUCAAGGGCUGCCUAUGCGCGUGCGUCGGCGCGGAGCCCUCGCCAGCCCACGUGCGCGCCCCCGGCCGGAGACGCGCGCCGCGACGGGCUGGCGGGAAAGCGCGCGGGAAGCCCCCUGCUGCCUCCCGGUGUGGGGGAGGGAGGACGGGAGGCGUUUGGAACUCCCCCGCCGCGAUACUGAGAUCCGCGCUUCGGCCUGGCUGUCUCGCCGCAGCCUGGCUGGGCCCCUUCACCCAGUGCAGGACUGAGCGCUUCCCGCGGCUGCCGGAGCGGGGCGCUGCGCCGCGCGGUGGGGCCGGAAAUUCCCGCGGCCUGAGUGGUGGAGCCCUAGCGGGGAGCGCGGUGCCGUCUUCCUCCUUCCCGGGCCGGGCGGGGGCGUUGGAUACUGCGAGCGCGGACCAGGCUGCCCGAGUGGGUGGGGUGGCGGGGGCGCCGCGGCCGGCGGGCGGGGAGCGCGGACUACGCGACUGCUCCUCACCAGCGGCUCGGCGAGCCGGGAGACCCUCGCGCCCCCGCUCCCGGCCCCCGCCCCUUCGCGGUCUCCGCCUCCUUCCCUCACACACCCUCCCCGGGCGGCCCGGGCCCCAGGCCUUCCCCGCGCUCCUCCUCCCUCUCUCCACAUUCGCUCCGGCCAGGGUGCUCCUGCUGCCCGCCGGCCUGGCCGCCUCUGGGGCGAGUCCUUUUCCUCGGGCUCUCCUUUCACAUACCCGCGCCCUCGCUUGCUGGGCGGCCCCCUUCUCUCCAGCUUGUCCUUUAACGCCGCCGUCGGGGGGGGGAGGAUUGAUGUCCCUUCAGCAUCAUGCAGCCGCCGCCGAGGAAGGUGAAAGUUACACAAGAACUGAAAAACAUUCAAGUUGAGCAGAUGACAAAACUUCAAGCCAAACAUCAAGCAGAAUGUGAUUUGCUUGAAGAUAUGAGGACAUUCAGUCAGAAGAAAGCUGCAAUUGAAAGAGAGUAUGCACAGGUAAGCUUGGAGUUGGAGGUCCCUGUUCUAGGCAUGCCUUUCUUGCUUUGACCUAAGGUCAGAUUGGCUGUGAGAGAGAAGCUUAGUACCCCAACCUUUGUUCUCAUUUCUGCCUGUCUUCCUUCGAUUCCUUUUUUUGCUGCAUUUUAAUCUUCAAGUGAGGUGCUCCUUAUAAAAAAGAUUGUGAAUCUUCU